AGUUAUCCGGAUCACGUUGUGCCGAUCGGUUCUUUUCUGGGUGUUCGGUUCGGGUUCAGCAUCUUUGAGUGACAACGUGCGUGCGUGUAGCUUUAGAUACAUACAAUAUUGUGCAGUGUAGUGUUCUGAAAUUGCGUGUAAAAUUAACAGCGAGCUGUAAAGAGAGACCUUAUUGCAUCAUUACUGGAAGACCAAAAGUGCGAGAAUUGGACGAAUUUGCUUACCCUUCCCAGCAGUAGUGUUGUCGUUGAGCGUAUUUGGUCUCCGCGCAUUACUGUGUGCAAUCCGGUUGUAAAGUGGUGUAAUUCCGGAGACAUAGACACAUCCUUGUUGCGGUCGGGUGCUGCUGGUUGACCGUUCUCAACUGGUGUAGUGUUGUCCGGUGCAGUGUGCAGUGUGCUGGAAGCUCAGAAGUUGUUGUUAGAUAUCUGGAUACCUGGAGGCGGUAAUGAUAGUGAUCAGUGUUGUACUGUGAUUCAUGAUUAAAUUGAGCGACAGAAGAAGCAGCUGCAGUUGUCAACAAGGAUGAAGAAGAUGAAGAAUCCACGACUAUGGGUCGGCAUGAAACCAAUCAAAGCCAAACUGAACACGGCAAAGUUUAUGUUUUUCUACGGGUCCAAAUUCGAAGAUCAUGAAGUGUUCGAACUUGACCGGGCGGAGGACAUUGUUCGGCACCCCAAAUUCGAUCCCACCAAGAAAACGGCAAUGUAUUUCCACGGGUAUAUCGAAUCACCGGAAGUCGAAAGCGUACACGUGAUCGUGGAUGCCUACCAGAAGCGAAACGACCACAAUCUGAUCAUUCUGGACUGGACACAACUGGUCGAUGGGAACUACCUGUUGGAGGCGGUGCCAAACUGCAAAAAGCUAGGACACAAGCUCGGGUCCGUCAUACUGGCGAUGAUCAACUCGGGAUUAGACGUCGAUAAGCUGCAUCUCGUGGGACAUUCACUUGGCGGGCAGCUAGCGGGCUUCAUAGGUCGAACUGUGAUAUCACUGUCUGAUAAGAAGAUUAAGCUUAAGAGAAUUUCAGCUCUGGAUCCAGCCUUCCCACCGUUUUAUCCGGGCGUGCUGGUGGCACACUUGAGCGAAAAAGAUGCAGAGUUCGUGGAUGUCAUCCACACCGACGCGUGGUUGUACGGGGCUCCCGUUAGUACGGGUACGGCCGACUUUUGGCCCAACAAUGGUAAAACCUUGCAGCCAGGCUGUCCCAAAAGGAACUACAAGCCGCUGACGGACAAUGAUCUCUGCAGCCACCGGCGGUCGUGGUGGUUCUGGGCGGAAAGCGUGGCCGAGGGUCCCAAUCCUUGCUUCCACUCGAUCCGGUGCAAAUCCUGGAGCGAUUUUAAGGAGGGCAAGGUGGACCGAUCCGGUCAGAUUGUACACAUGGGUAUCGACUGUAGUCCAGAUGCCAAAGGUGAUUACUACUUACAGACGAACGGAAGCCCACCGUAUUCCAAAGGUGUCGCGGGAGCGAAGUUUGAAUAGCACACCAGUGCUUUGUACCAUAGCAUUACCGGUUUUAGACUAGUACAAAUUGUUUCUAAAUAUAUCUUUUGGAAUGAA